AUGGGAAAAGCAGGAAAAGAUCGCAAGAGAAGGCGUCUCUUGGCAGAGGUCUCAGCAACGGGUGUAGGUAUACAGCAUUUGAAGGUCGACCAGGAAAACAUGGCUGACCCAGUAGACUCAGAGAACCAAGCGCUUCAGCACUGCAAGAACUACGGCGGUGUGGUCUCAGAGGAGGACAUGGCGACGACACUGCGCACGCUGCUGGCCUUGGAACAGCACACUGAGGUGUUCCGGUCAAAGGCCUGCAAGCCUCUUCGUGCUGUUGUCCAUCAGCUCCAACAGACAGCCACUGCUACCACUGGCAUGGGACAAACACCUAUCGGCCGUAUUUCGGAUGCUUUGGUGGAUGGUCGUUGGAACGAUGCCCUGGCAGCUCUAGAGGAGAUGAGAGCUCGCGGGCAAGUGCCGAAAUUGGGCGCUCUGCAGAGAUGGGUCCGGGACUGCGACGCAGCCUCGGCCAAGAACGGCGCCUUCGGAGACCCCGUCGUUCUUCGGGUAUUGGAUUCGAUGCUCAGAACCGUAGACCCAUCUAUGGUGCCCAAGAGGAUUGGAGUCGAUGGUAAAGAGGAGCACCCAGUCAGGACCCACCCCAUGUGGCAAGCUUUCCCCAGGAUGGAUGAUAACGUACAAAAGUAUGAGGCUGCAUUGGCGAAGACCCUCUUCACGGAGGAAGAGGCCGAGAGGUACAAGUCAUUGUUCAGGAUCGUUGCCCACCAGAAAGGCCCUCUCCGUAGGACGCCGAAUCUGCACGACUUUACGCUCUAUCUCUCCAACCCCGGCACCAUCCGACUCUGCCACCAGGACGAUCUUUCCUUGCAGCCUCCAGUUGAGCGCAUCGACAUGCCUCAUGUCCCUGGGGCAUUUUUGCUCAAGGAUGUACUCACGCGCAAGGAGUGCCUCCAGAUGAUUUCGGCCGCUGAGGCCAUUGGAUUUACGCCGGAUGUGCCUAUCGUUGGGACUGCAGCCGAGUCCAUCUCGAUCCUGGCACAUAACUUUUUCUGGAUGGCAGACGACCAGCUGCUCGGACAUAUCUUUGAUCGGUGCAAGGCGCAUUUCCCAGAGACGAGAGGCGAUGGACACAAUGCAGUCGGUAUCAAUUCGAGAUGGAGGGUCUAUCGCUAUGUACCUGGAGCCAUUUAUCGCAUCCACGUUGAUGGACAGUGGCCCGGAAGUGGGUUGGAUCCAAAGACUGGAGAAUAUCUCUAUGAUGCUUACGGCGGAACGAGAUGGUCCCGACUGACGUUCCUGGUUUACCUGAACGAUGAAUUCGAGGGCGGCGGAACCACAUUCUUCACGCCCUCAGCCGAUGUCGGGUUCAUGGAUGCUCGGGCUGUUUCCCCAAGGGCAGGCAGCGUACUAUGCUUCCCUCAUGGCGAGGCGGCAGGAAGUUUGCUUCAUGAGGGAUCUCCAGUUUUGAAAGGCGCCAAGUAUAUCAUUCGCGCGGACGUCUUGUACGAAGUCCCAGUUCGAUCAUAA